UGGACUUGCAUAAAUGUCUUUAUGAGGAAUAUGUCUCCGACUGUGUACAUAAGAAGGUGCUCAGACAUUACUUUGGACACAACAGCUCUGAGAUCUCCACAGAAGCUCUACAGAACGUCUACAGAUUCUUUCUGUUGGUGUGAAAAAACAUCUUGAAGAAUGAGAAACCUGAUGUCUGUGCUGUUCCUGGUGAUCGUCUGCUCUGUGCAGAUGACUUCAAGUGCUACUAUUGCACUUGAUUUAGUAAACUCAAAGUGUUGUGAAGAGCUCACUAAUGUGAAGAUUCCUGUGAAACUGGUGACUUCUUACUACUUGACCAGCAGCAGCUGUCCCAAACGUGCUAUUGUGUUUAAGACAAGUAAAGGAAGAGAGUUCUGUGUAGAUCCACAGACCACCUGGGUGAGCGGCCAUGUUGAUAAAGUGGACAAAAGAAAAACAAAUGCUGCAUAAACAACUGCAGCACAAACUCAGAGUCUCACAGUCUAAAGGAAGCUACUCCGUUUCUAUUUAAAAUGUGCAUUUCAUAUUGUACAUUUAAACCUUGUGCUGUUUCCAAUAUGUAUAUAAAAUAAUUUAUUUACAGAAUAAUUUAUGUGAUUGGGUCCAGCUGUUUUAAUA